CGAUGUCUUAAUCAAGAAAGAUUUGACUUUUGUGUGAUCACGCAUGUAUGGAUCCGGGGCUCCUCCUCCUCCUCCGACAACCGUAUGCAGAAAAACCUCCCCAGAAGCACCGGGGUAGCUGCGGAGCUGCAGCCGUGGAAAAACACCUAAUUUACCUGGAAGAGUUAUCCAGGACAGAUCCCUGGAGCCCAUUGAAAGUGGAGACAUAGCUCGGCACUCUAGAAGGACGUUAGUUUCAAAGGUUAACGGACUGCUGCUGAAUUGAUCUUAAAAGGGUUGUUUUUCCUCAGAGUUGUUAACAGUAAGAAGAAAGGAUGCAGAGGAUCGUGGCUUGGGAUCCGUGAUGAGUGCGCCCUCCACAGAGCAUGGAGAGUUUGUCCUCCAGGGACUCUGGGAGUCUGUGAGAACAGGGCAGGAGGAGAUCCUGCUCUCCCCGUACCUGCCUGCCUCCUAUGCCUUCCUGACGCACGUCCUGCUCUGCGCACCUUUCCUCGCGCUGGACGCGUUGGGGGGCGUCUGUCAGCGGGUCCGCUCGUGGAGGAUCACAGCAGGGACGGGUCCGCCGCCGUCCCUCCGGCGAUGGUUUGACUGUUUCUGGAGGGUGCUGUACAGAUACCUGACCACCGUCCUCCCCGCCACCGCGCUGCUGCACACACUGAGGAGCCCCACGCUCCCGGAGCUGGCUCCAUCCUGCUGGCGGCUCUUUGUGGAAGUCUUCGCAUGUUUGCUGUUGUUUGACACGCUCUUCUUCAUAUGGCACGUCAUCAUGCACAGGGUUCCCUGGCUCUACCGCAGCACCCACCAGCUGCACCACCAGCACCACGUUCCCUUCGCUAUGGCUGCUCAGGACUCCAGCUCUGUGGAGCUGCUGUCUCUGCUGCUGCUGGCUCUGAGCAGCAGCUGGGUGCUGGGCUGUCACCCUCUGAGCGAAGCCUUCUUCCACCUGGUCAACAGCUGGCUGGCGGUGGAGGACCACUGUGGCUACGACCUGCCCUGGGCUCUGCACAGACUGCUGCCGUGUCUGGGAGGAGCCCCCUGCCACCAAGCCCACCAUACUCUCCACAGUGUCAACUACGCCCCCUACUUCACACACUGGGACCUGCUCUUUGGCACAUACCGUGCACCAGGGCAGCUUUCACGUCCAGAGUGACGAAACUGAUGCACAAAGCAAACCAAGGAUUUUAAUUUCAAUGAAGGAUAUUUUCUGCAGAUUGUGCUUGUUUCUGAUCAGCUUUUCAUAUGCACACUUCAUGGGGGAUAUGUCACCUACACUUCACACAUCCUACAGUAUCAAGACAUUUUCAGGGAUUAUAAUACAAUUACUGAAAUCUGUAUAUUCCCAAAACGGGAUUACAUUCCUCACUAAUGGAUAUACUUUAUGUUAAUGUGCUGAUAAUGGCAUUUUAACGCUCGUUUCUCCAGCUGUUCCUUAUCAAGUGAAGGCAGCACAAGAUGAUGAGAGCGCAGGGAUGACACAGUAAAUCAACACAAUGAAACAAUGGACAAAUGCCUGAACUAAUGUGCAGCUGAUUUGCCUUCGUGACAUGGGGGGUUUUUUGGAUGGGUUUGUAUUGUAUGCUUUCAUGUUGGAGGCGUUGGGAAGAUAAUGCAUAACACAUUUAUUUUGGUCAAUGCUGAUCAUAUGUGUGGUUAAAGGGGACAAAACAAAUAUGACAAAUACAUUACAAAGUGGUUUACGGAAUGAGAAGUUUGAUGCCAGUAUGUACAGUACAAUUAGAAGCUACAACAUGCAGCCAGUCAGUUUAGCAAGUUAGCACAAAGAGUUAAAAAAACAGCUAGCCUGCCUCAGGAGAGGCCCCAGGAAGUGACUGCACCCAGCCAAUAACUAUAACAAACUGUAUUCCUUACAUUUGUUACAGAUUAACCAAAUUAGUUAUAAUGUGUUAAUAGUUAGCUUAAUGUUACUUUGUAUGGAAGAUGACUCUUUGCACUUCUUGUUCCCCGCUGGUGGAACACACUACCAGUUCCUACCAGAGCAGGGUAGGACUCUCUACCUUUAAAAAUCUCCUGAAGACCCAUCUCUUCAGAGAGCAUCUUCUCUCCUAGACCACACGAUAGUUCUACUCCUCAAAGAAUUGUCACUAGCACUUAUUGCUGCACUAAUAGCUCUUAUUGCAGUAUACCUUGAUUGUUUGCUUUUACUCUUCCUGUAAGUCGCUUUGGAUAAAAGCGUCUGCUAAAUGACUAAAUGUAAAUGUGAAUGUAGAUGGACAACAUGACAUCUUCCCAAAAGUGAAACCAAAACAUCUCAAUUGCUCCUUUCAUGUUAGCAGAUGGGACGUGGGUUCUGCCAUUUUGGUUAAUUCCUAUCACGCUAAUGUUUGUUCAAGUUUGGUUUUAUUUAGUUAUUUGAUGCUAUAAAAUGGUGGGGAAACGCCAUAUUUGCCAGCUCUGGGUGGGUCAGGUGGGUGUUUUUGGCGAUAAUAUAAUACUGCACUGUCUUUAAUUUAGCAAAAUUCUAAAUAUUACAGUGGAAUUGUAAAGAAAUGGAAAUGUGAGAAUAAUGUAAAUAUGUCAGGUUAACAUUUCUCUUGAGUAGAAACUGUUGCAUAAUUUGUACCAUGAUGAGUGUAUUGUAAAGAUUCUGGUAUAUUCUGUGCUGUAUUUGUCCAUUUUUACAUCAGAAAAUAUA